AUGACGGCAAAAGUAAAUCGGGAGGUUGGACCCCGUGUUCCUCUUCAUGCUAGAACUAUGGUAUCUCGUUUGAGAGACUUUACUAGGAUGAAACCUCCUAUGUUCAAUGGGUCAAGAGUGGAUGAACACAGUAAAGAUUUUCUAGACGAAGUCAAUAAAAUCAUAUUUGCUAUGGGAGUGACUACUGUGAAAAGGUCGAGUUGGCCGUCUAUCAACUCAAUGAUGUGGCGCAAACUUGUGGAAGAGAGUAGGUUAAGAAGGAAGAAUAGAGAGGCCAAGAAGGUCAAGUCUUUUGAAAGUGGUUCUUCAAAGGCUAGGUUGGAAAAUCAAGAUAAGACUAGAUUCAAGAAGAGUUGGAACAGUGGAAAAGAGGGUCACAAGGUUAGGGAUUGCCCUAAUGUGAAUGGGAAAGACAAGAGUGGUGGGAAAGCUCAAGCAAGUGGAUCGAAUGUUGAUACUCCAAGAAAGAAUCGCUUUUGUGCUCUCUGCUCUAGGGGUGAACAAGAGAGUUCUCCCGAUGUGGUGACUGAUCCGGGUUCUACCUUGUCGUUUACUACUCCAUUGGUAGCUAGAAAGUUUGAUAUUUUGCCCGAUAUCUUGAAUGAUCCUUUUAUGGACAAGAGUGAUCAAGUUUAA